UACAAACACAUAUAUAUAUAACUGUCAAGAACAAGAUUGAUGGUUGGUGUAUUUUGAGAUUAUAUAAUGGAGAAUAAUCUCCAAAUUGUUCCGGCGAGCAAGAAUGUGGAGGCACAGUAUGUCGAAAUGAAGGUGCCUUUAUAUUCCUAUGGAUGUGAGAGGAAAGUGAAGAAGGCUUUAGCUCAUCUCAAAGGCAUAUAUUCGGUAAAUGUGGAUUUUAAUCAACAGAAGGUGACAGUGUGGGGAAUAUGCAACAAAUACGAUGUGCUAACGACGACGAGGAUUAAGAGGAAAGAAGCUCGUUUUUGGAAUCCAGAAGACAAUAUUAAUGAAGAAAUGGAUCAAGAAUCAGAACCAAAGCCACCAUCAACAUCACCAUCUUCUCUUAAUCCCCCAAAAUUAAAACGCUUAGAGUUAUCUUAUACCCUCGCAAAGGCUAGGUCUCUCGGCUGGAAAGCAUGGAAGAGAGUCUUCAUUAGAUCCUAUUCCUUCUAAAUUAAAUUAAAAUCAAGUAAAAGAAGAGAGAGUAAUUAAAUGUACAUUUGCAUCACUAUAUAUUUUUGUCAUCUCAUGUGUGAAAUAUUGCUGGUUCAUGCACCUUAUUUA